UGUGGGCAGCUGCGUAGACGGGAGCGUUGUAGUUUUAUCGCGUCGCUCAGUGUGUACAGUGUCUACAGGGCACUGGAGGUCACUUCCUGAUUUACUGACUGUCGGCAAUAUGUCCUAACACUUUGAAAACGCUCUGCUUCUCUGUAAAUGACAGCGUUUUGCCUGCCUGAAAAGCGACGUUACCUCCACAGGUGGAAGUAGCAAUAGUUUUCGACUUUAUUUGAUGCCGACCAGCACUUCAUUCAGUCGUAGCGCAGGUGAAUUUAUCGAUUCGUAUGUUUUCCUGGCACGUUUAUAUCGGUGAGGAUGUUUUAAAAUGGCGGUGGCAGCGUCACAACAGUGCUUGAUGUAUUGUUUAUUGGAGGGUCUGGAGUAAAGGUGAGGAGGUGAUGGACGCACACACAUCCUUCCACCUGCAGCAGGAAUAUGGCAGAAGCAGAGCACCCGUCCAGUGAAAGCAGCACAAACUGUCAAAGCAGUGAUGAUUCUCAGGCCUCAUCGUUCAGCAACUCUUCACACAACCAGUGUUUGCAGAAUGCUUCAAAGCCUCUCAACCAAAACCAUGUUAACCAUCACAUGCCCUCGGACUCUCAGCUGCCACAUGUCUCCCUCAGCUGCAAAUCAUUCACUCCCUGUAAUGGCACAUGUGAUGAGGAUCGCAGCAGCUUGGCCUCUCAGGACUCUGGAAUCCCCACCCUGGAGAUUAACCCCCCUGAGCACAUUCAUGCUCGAGUCACCAGUGCUGGGCUGGUGGUUCCACCUCCACAUGAUGAUAAUCCGGCAACACUAAACUUGGAUGUUUCAGAUAACUCCAUACUCAAGUCUUCCACCUUCCCACGUUGUGACUUUGAUUUGGUACGUCUUUAUAGCACAAGUGGGCUCUCCAGUACGGCAGGCAAGGGUACUUUGAACCGCAGUGAUGAUAUUUCAGUGGGCAGUGUUUCCAGUUUAAGUACUGAGUUUUCUGCCACACUGUCAGUCAGUAAUGAGGACUUCCUAGACUUUAUGGUUACAUCUGAGUCCAGUGCCGUUGUUACAUUUGAAAAUGAAGAUGUCUUGCACCGUUCUGACAAUUCACUCUCAUCUCCUACUGACCUACACGGCAAGCUCAGCAGCCCACAACGGCAGCCUGUGGGGGUCUCUACACCACAUGAGGCUAGACCCAAGAGACUGGGUCCACUCGCCAGCUUCUUCCACAAGAGUCUUUUUGCUAAGAGGAUGAAGGAUACGGGUGCACUGGAAGAACAGAGAGAGCCUGGCUGGAAGCUUUUUGGUAAAGUUCCACAUAAAGAACUUUCAACCAAAGACUCCAGGAAAAUACAAAAGGAAUAUGAAAGAAGGAGUGAACAAUCAAGCGGUUCCAUAUCUCCCAAGAAGAAUGUAAGAAGAAACCUGGACUUUGAGCCACUUUCAACCACAGCUCUUAUUCUGGAGAACCGUCCAGCGAAUCUUCCUGCAAAGCCUGAGGAAGAAGCCCAGAAACACAGACAAGAAUAUGAGGAGAUGGUGGCUCAGGCCAAGAAGAGAGAGCUGAAAGAUGCCCAAAAACGGAAAAAACAACUAGAGGACAGGUGUAAACUAGAGGAAAGCAUCGGCAAUGCUGCUCUCACCUGGAGUCAGGAGAUAUUACCCAACUGGCAAAGCAUGUGUUCAUCCAAGCGGGUGAGGGAUUUAUGGUGGCAGGGUCUGCCACCCAGUGUGAGGGGCAAAGUCUGGAGUCUAGCGAUAGGCAAUGAACUGAACAUCACAGAUGAGCUUUAUAACAUCUGUUUGGCAAGAGCCAAAGAAAAGUGGAAUGCCUUUGUGGCCCCAACAGCUGCUGUAGAAACAGAGACUGAAGAUGCAGGCUUGUCUCAUGCUGAUCGAGAGGCCAGUCUAGAACUGAUCAAGUUAGACAUUUCCAGAACCUUUCCCAAUCUCUGUAUUUUCCAGCAGGGAGGCCCAUACCAUGAUGUAUUGCACAGCAUUCUGGGAGCUUACACUUGUUAUCGUCCCGAUGUGGGAUACGUGCAGGGAAUGUCCUUUAUAGCAGCAGUGUUGAUCCUCAACAUGGACACUGCUGAUGCCUUCAUUGCAUUUGCCAAUUUGUUGAACAAGCCUUGUCAAAUGGCUUUCUACAGAGUGGACCACAGCCUUAUGUUGACAUACUUUGCAGCAUUUGAAGUGUUCUUUGAAGAAAAUCUACCAAAGCUUUUUGCACAUUUUAAAAAUAACAACCUGUCCUCUGAUAUUUAUUUAAUUGACUGGAUCUUCACCUUGUAUAGUAAAUCACUCCCACUGGACAUUGCAUGCCGUGUGUGGGACGUGUUCUGUCGCGAUGGCGAGGAAUUUCUCUUCCGCACAGCACUGGGUAUUCUGCGUCUUUACGAGGACAUCCUCACACACAUGGACUUCAUCCACAUCGCUCAGUUCCUGACGCGCCUGCCGGACUACAUCUCUGCUGAGGAGAUCUUCUCCAGCAUAACCACCAUCAACAUGAACAGCAAGAACAAGAAAUGGGGACAAGUUCUUCAGGCUUUGCAGAAAGGACAAGAGCGGGGCAGUCCACUACUGAAACGCUGAGAAUACAUCCUCAUGUCUACACUUCCACCUCACAGAGACUAAGAGAGAAACUCAUGUUGACUGUGCAUGGGUACUCCCACAUACCUCUGGUACCACCUAAGAGAAUAUCAGUUCCAGCGGCCACUGUCCAUGUCCUCUUCCAUACAAACUGAUGCGUGGGAAUACAAACUGACCUCACUAGGCUGGAACGGAGGCAACACAUCACAUGAAUGUACACUCCCAGCUCUCAGUUACGUGUGGCAAUGUGAGUUUGUGAAGCUCUGAAUUAUUUCACAUCCCUAUCCUCUCAUUACUUUCACCUUCAUUCUUCCACUUUAUCCUUCCACCUCCCUCAGCUUAAACGAGGCUUUUCCAUUCAAGCGAAAUAAAAUAAUAUAUGUAUUGCUGUGUUUUUCUAAGAUUGUUUUUAUUUGUGGUUUGUUUCUCAUGUUGUUUUUAAUGAAAUGACAUUCUUGACAGAGUCUGAACUCUGAGCGUCCUUCAAAAUCCUGGAAUCUCAAAGGGAGUUUUGUUUUAAAAAACUAGAUGUGCACAAAUCAUAAGGAAAUUAUUUUGUUUGCUAGGAUCCAAUGUCAGUAAAUUCCCCCAUUGUUUCAAAGACUUUUUGUACACUUUUUUUAAAGUUCCUUUUAAAAAACUAUUAUUUAUUCUACCUCUUACUUUCUGUCUGUAAUCUGUGUGUCUGUUCUUUCUCACAAAUGUCUUUGAGAGGUUUGAGUGGAUACUGAAAGAUAUUGCUGUGUUUGUGGUAUUGUUACUGGAAUGUCUCCCUUUUUUCUGUUUUUGUAGAAAGUGCUGUGCCAGUCUAAAACCAAACACGCUGGUAUACCAGCGUUUCUGAAGUUACGAAGUUUGGUUUCAGUUCAUGGCUACAGAUAAGGAUUUAGCACAAUGAAUGUGGCUUUAACAUUGUGGUGCAGCUUGGAUCUCAUGGUGGUUGAAGUGUUGAAAUGAAGGUAGAUGAAAGAUUGAGUAGGAGUAUGUUCAGAGAUGAUGGUGGUUUUCUGUCAUAUGGCUCAUCGGAGCAUUAUGCUCGACAUCUCAUAUCGUCUUCAUUAAUAACAGAGAAAAUAGACUCUAGAUUUUGCCGAAAUUAUUCUUUACAUUCAACACUUCAUCAAAUUGAGAUUAAAACCAGGCAAAAUCUUCUUAUUCAAAAUCUAUAUAAUAAUACGUCACAGUCUGUACUCGUUUCAUGUAAAUAACGUGCACUAAACUGGCCUAAUUUAUGGGACCAUAAUGUAACAGCAAUAACAGCUUUUUUUUUUUGUAUAAGUUUAGAGAAAUUAAACAUCCAGAUGUUUAUUUAUUAUAUUGAUUAGAGUUUGUGGAUUUUAUUUUUGUCAGAAAAAGACCUAAAUGUGACCGUGGACCACAAAACCAGUCUUAAGUAGCACGGGUAUAUUUUUAGCAAUAGCCAAAAAUACAUUGUAUGGGUCAAAAUCAAUGUUUUUUUUGUUUUUUUUUUAUGGCAAAAAUCAUUAGGGUAUUAAGUAAAGAUCAUGUUCUAUGAAGAUAUUUUGCAAAUUUCCUACUGUAAAUAUAUCAAAACUUAAUGUUUGAUUGGUAAUAUGCAAUGCUAAGAGCUUCAUUUGGACAACUUUAAAGGUGAUUGAUUUUUUUUUUUUUUUUGCACCCUCAGAUUCCAGCUUUUCAAAUGGUUUGCCAAAUAUUGUCCUAUCCUAACAAACCAUACUUCAAUGGAAAGCGUAUUUAUUCAGAUGAUGUAUAAAUCUCAAUUUUAAAAAAAAGGACCCUUAUGACUGGUUUUGUGGUCCAGGGUCCACACAUUUCAUAAGAGUGUAAGUGUGUGUAUACUGUAUGUAAACACAGUAAUAUGUAAACAAGCUAGGCACCAGAAUAUUGAAAGGCACUUGAAAUCUUGCACACUCUACAAUCAGUUUAUCUUCAGAUAUUGUCAAGAUAAUGUGGUCAGAUUUCACUGCUUUGUGAUCACUGUGAUCAAAGGAAAACCUCCCACCUUUUUUGUGGUCUUAACCACGCUACUGCAAUAAGCUGCUUUGCACAUUUUUUUCCUUUUCAUAGAUUUUCUCUGUCAUCUUUAAUAUGCUGUCUGCUAUUUCAUGUUUAGUUUCUUGUUCGUUACCAUAUAGGAACCCCAGGAACUUGUUUUUUGUUAAUGUUGGCUGUUUUUAUUAUAAUCCGAUUAUUCAUUGCUCUCAAUUUUAAAAUAUUUACACUGCCCUCCAAAGUUUGGAAACAUCCCUGACAAAGUGUGGUUUUGGACGACGUCAGCAUAAAUCCUUAUCAUUUUUUUGGUGCGAAUACAUUAAAGUAACUUGACAUUAUCAUUGACCAGUAAUAAUAAUUUUCAUUUUGAUUACAUAAUAAUGCCAAUAUACAUGUCAAAGUCAGACAUGCCCCUUUGCCAGCUGUGAUGCCUGGUUACUGCUUUAAACUUGGCCCAGGUUUUUAAAAGAUUUUUGUGUCAGCACACCUUAAUAGCUUCAACAAUUGAUUGCCAAAUAAGUUUAGAAUACAAUGAAUUUAGGCCUAGAUUAUGCAGAGCUGUAACAGCUGCUAAUGGUGGAUAUUUUAAUGAAUCGAAAAUGUAUGUUUUUUUCUAUGUAUAAACUGUUUAUGUAAUAAAAUAUGUUUUUGUAGUUUGUGUUGUCCCCUAUCAGUGCAAAAUUAUCACAAAUUAAAAAGGAUUUAUGCCAAUAUUGUCCAAAACCCCACUUUUCUAGGGCAUUUCCAAACUUUUGGAGGGCAGUGUAUAUAUCUGAGAGACAUGCGCCAGAAGCUUUAAGUUAACGGCUUUCUGUUUUGCCUCGAAAUAACUUACAAUUCUGUCAUUAAUUACUCACCCCAAUGUCGUUCCAAACCCGUAAGACACAAAUUGAGAAAGAGAAGAAUUAUUGAAUAAAGUUAUUUUUGUUCUCUUUGCGCACAAAAAGUGUUCUCAUAGCUUCAUAAAAUUACAGUUGAGCUACUGAUGUCACAUGGAGUAUUUUAACCAUGUUUAACCACUACCUUUCUGGGCCUUGAAUGUAGUAGUUGUGUUGCUGUCUAUGCAGGGUUUAGAAAGCUCUCGGAUUUCAUCAAAAAUAUCUUCAUUUGCGUUCUGAAGGUGAACAAAGGUCUUACGGGUUUGGACAUGAAAGUGAGUAAUUAAUGACAGAAUUUUACAUUUAUGGGUAAACCGUCCCUUUAAAAGAGUUGAUGUGUCCAGUGCAUUCCGCUGUUUGAGUUCAUGUACAAUAAAAGGAGUGAAGACAAUCUUGUAAUCGUAAUUACAAAUGGAGUGUGUUUGUAUGUGUGUGUAAACAACUUCAUGUUGCAAGUACUUGAGUGUGUGCAUCAUUAUAAACAAUUCAUGCUGUUGAAAAGAGCAUAGGCCAUCCAGGAACCCAGGAAAUGUCAAUAAUGAAGUAAUGUAUUGUGCAAUGUAUUUGCUAUGUUAGUGUUUUAAGUGAGAGUUGACAGGAUGAAGGCAUUAGGAUGUUCAGAUAUGAAUAACUGGCCAGUCCAAACUAUUUAAUGUGAGCUUUUUAUUCAACACUGUAUAAGCAUUCAAACGCGUGCAGACUGUGUGCAUGCAAUCCCACACUUGAAGCUUUCAGAUGUUAUUAGAGCAUGCACUGAUGCAGCUCACACCACACGCUUAUGUGUUUGUCCUUUUGUCCAAAAAUGCUGCCUUUGCUUUUGUUGUGUCAAUACAGAUGAUCUAGAAAUAAAUAAAGUUGUAUAUA